CUGCAGUUUGCUCCCUCGUCACCUUUCUUCCACACCGUGUCCAAGACUUUAAACCCAGCAGCAUGCCACCCAAGAAGCCAGAACCCAAGAAGCCAGAACCUAAGAAGGAAGAGGCCGCACCACCACCACCACCGCCACCGCCACCGCAGCCCGAGGCCCCCAAGGAACCUGGCUUUGAUCCAUCCUCAGUCACUAUUGAAUUUUCAUCAGACCAGAUUGAAGAAUUUAAGGAAGCUUUCUCCCUGUUUGAUCGGACCCCUAACUGUGAACUGAAAAUCACCUACGGACAAUGCGGAGAUGUUUUGAGGGCGUUAGGACAGAAUCCAACCAACGCUGAAGUAUUAAAAGUUCUUGGCAGGCCAAAGCCCGAGGAACUCCACACAAAACUGAUGGAUUUCGAUACAUUCCUGCCGAUGUUACAACACAUAUCCAAAUCUAAGGAGAAGGGAACAUAUGAGGACUUUGUGGAGGGUCUCCGUGUCUUCGACAAGGAAGGCAAUGGCACAGUCAUGGGUGCGGAAAUACGCCACGUGCUGGCUACUCUAGGUGAGCGGAUGACAGAAGAAGAAGUAGACAGGCUGAUGUCCGGUCAAGAAGAUGCCAAUGGUUGCAUCAAUUAUGAAGCUUUUGUGAAGCACAUUAUGGCCAGCUGAGCAGAAAUGAAACGACCAAGUAACAGUCUUCAUCUUCAUCUCUGAAAGGACCGGUUUAUCCGAGGCCCAGCGUGAUAACCGGGGUGGGGGGUCUCCUGUUAGUGCUGAGAGUCUCCAUCAGCCACUUUAGUUUAAUCAGCAAACUUUCGGGAAACAAACAACUUUGUACAA